GUUUGUGUGAAGUCCCUCGUUCCUUCCACCCGAAUCUCUAUCUCUGAAGCGGUCACCAGCGUGUGGAGCCUGCCCCACACCCGUCACCUGCCAAACCACGGCCUUUACCUGUGUCUUCCGGUGUUUCCCGUGCGACCCGUCCUGCGGGAGUGCCUCCUGGGCCACCCCAGAGUUCACGCAGCGCUCAGUGGCUCCAAUGGUGAAGAUGACAAGGUCCAAGACUUUCCAGGCAUAUCUGCCUUCGUGCCACAGGACCUACAGCUGCAUUCACUGCAGGGCUCAUCUUGCCAACCACGAUGAGCUCAUUUCCAAGUCCUUUCAAGGAAGCCAAGGACGAGCAUACCUCUUCAAUUCAGUAGUUAAUGUGGGUUGUGGCCCUGCAGAGGAGCGGGUGUUAUUAACAGGAUUACAUGCGGUUGCAGAUAUUUACUGUGAAAACUGCAAAACCACACUGGGUUGGAAAUAUGAACACGCUUUUGAAAGCAGCCAGAAGUAUAAAGAAGGCAAAUACAUCAUUGAACUAGCUCACAUGAUCAAGGAUAAUGGCUGGGAUUGAAUGGAAAGAGCCCAGCCCUACCAGCGUGUAAGAGAAUGCCAUCCAACCGAACAUUAUAUCCAAGAGUGAGAGAGUGACUGAACGCUUGGUUCCAUGCAUUUAGAGGCUCUGCAAUUUGGGAGCAUCUUCACACCCUUCUCCAUCUUUAUUGGUGACUGGCCUCUAAAUUUCUGUCUCUCUGUCUCUUUGCUUUGUAUCUGUUUGUGAGUUGACCCUGGCUGCUUCUCUCUCUGUUCUGGCGUUGGCUAAGAGAAUGCACCGAAUGCCCGACAGCCAUUCCAUGUUGACGAAUGUUUAAGUACAAACUGAAGUUGGCUCUGUGGUGGCAUUUUACCAGAAGGUCUCGGUGCGGGAGGAAGACCCGAGUUUUGGGCAGGAGAAGGUGAUAGGGGGUGGGGAGUGGGCCCAAAGGGAAGUCAUCAGAAGUUGAAACUGUACUUCUCCUUUAAGUCCUGGUUAACCAAGGCUUGAAACUAUCUACUUGUCUAAAUGGACAGAAAAAUACCUCACGGCUGCGUUCUCUCUGAAUCGUAAAACCGCUGCUCCAUCAGUGGAGCUUCGGUCUAAGCCGGCUGAGCACAAGUCAUAACCAGUUCCCCCCGCAAGCUAAUCGCAAAUCUGUGUUUUGUUUGCCAUUUAUGAACUUGUUGUUUGGGGGGGGUGGGGGGGUGGACCUGAAGGCUGGAGAGAUUCCCUGCCUCUCCUUCUUCUUGCUGUUUCAGGGUAGGUAGGCCAAACAUCCCACCAGAACACAGCUGUGGGGAGCAUCCUCACAGCUGGAGAAACCAAAUCCUGACUCUUGAGCCCUUCAGAGAGGAGGAGAAAACCGCUUUAAGGCACAAAGGGGUUGGAGCUGCAGCUUAGAAGAUGUGAUGGGGGGGAAAAAAGGCACGUGCUAGGCAAGAAAGAGGAAAUUAUGUACCAGAGGAUGAGGACAAACUUAGUAACACAGGGUAGUCCUUGAUUUCGUGGCCUCCACUGAGCAUCCUUGGGGGUCUUUUACCA